AUGGCCCGCAUUGUGCGACGCGGCCUGCGGCUGCCUGGCCUGCCACUUUUCAGCUUGGGGCAGCCAUGGCAUUCCGUCAUGAACAGCGAAGGCAAGCUCGCCCUGAGCUUGUAUCAGAGGCAGUAUGUAGACGUGGCUCGGAAGAUCCUCGCCUCGAACAAGCAGUUCGGCUACGCUGAGUCUUACCCACCCCGGGAAGGGACGUCGGGCGUCCUUGCACUUGUUGAGGACUUUCGUUGGAUUGGAGAGGACUCAGAGCACCAUGUGCCAGGAUAUGGAUCUGGCUCUCAGGUCCAGCUGCUGUCUGCCAGUGGAGGCCGAUUUCGCAUUCUCAAGAUGAGCAAAGAAACCGUGGACGGCCUGGAGCUCUACCGUGCGCACGUGCAGCUCUUCGCGGAGCGCGACCUGACAAGGGGCGCCGGUGCAGAGGCUAUGGCCUACUGGAAUGACAAGACGGCAGGUCCAGAAGAGGGAUCACGCGCCACUUCCGUCCUCACCUCAGCGACAAGGUGUGCAUGCGCUCGACAGCUUCAGACGGCGAAGUCGUGA